AUGUCGGCAGUCCUCGUCAUCGGUGCCACUAGAGGUUUGGGUGCCAGUCUCGUCAGGCGAUUUGCCGCAACGGGAAACAGCGUCGUAUACGGCACCUCGCGGUCGAGUACGGUCCCUACCGGAUUCCCAGAGCAUGUCAAGUGGCUCAGUGCCAUUGAUUUGAUGAAGAGCUCUGUGGGAGAUGAUAUUGUCAAAUAUUUUGUCGACUCUAAGCCGCUGUCAACAGUCAUCAUCACAGCUGGCCACUUCUCCACAGAGGAUAUAAGUGCUGAAAAGGGACCAAACUGGGAUGCCGAGCUUCAAAUGUAUACAACGAGCUCGGUUGCACCAGUCUUUAUUGUUCAUCGGCUCGUCCACGCGGGAUUGCUAGCCCAAGGGUCCAAGGUGGUUCUGGUAUCUUCUGAGGCUGGGAGUAUAGGUCUUCGCCACGAGAAGGAGGGUGGUGGUAACUAUGCCCACCAUGCUAGCAAGUCAGCACUCAAUAUGGUCGGUAAACUACUUAGCCUGGACCUGAAGGAGAGAGGUGUCAUUGUUAGUAUUGUCCACCCUGGAUUUAUGCGAACCGAAAUGACGAAGGGUGUUGGUUAUGACAAGUAUUGGGAUGCAGGAGGUGCCGUCACGCCUGAUGAAGCGGCUUCAUCUCUUAUCAAGUGGACUGAUGAGUUGGAUAUUUCCAAAUCUGGGGAGUACUGGGCACCAAGAGGGCCACGAGACAUUGGUACAGCCGCAGAGACGUUGGGAACCAAUUUGAAAACGCCUCUCCAUCUGCCAUGGUGA